AGCGCCCAGAACCAAUCCGCCAUGCCUCAUCAGAAAAAAUAAACGCACCAAUCCCCUCAGCGCAGAGCACGCCGCCGCCUUGAUCUACCUCUCCCGGCCAUCUCCGGCGACGCCGACGGGAUCCUGUCGGCUCACCCUACCCAUUUCCCCAACUCACCUGGUCCACCGUCGCCGCCGCCAAAUCCCCCACACUCUCCCGUCCUCUUCUCCCGGGAUGCAAGCAGCUGCGAGGAGGGGCGUGGCGGCGGCGGCCGCCGCGUCGGCGUCGGCGUCCUUCCACUCCACCGCCGCGGCGCUCUCCAAAUCCACGCCUCGUAUCCGGUUCAACGUCCGGGAAAAGCGCACCGACGCGAAGAAUGCCCUCAAGAACGUUCUACUUAACGGCGGUCCCUCCCAGGAAAGAAGUAAUAAGCAAACGAGGCAGCAGAAAGCUGGUGGCAAAUCGAAAGUCCGCUCCGGUCCUGGAAGUAAUCCGUAUAGCAAAGGCAGAGGUGGGAUAGACUGGAGGAACUUUGAUAAUGAUGAUUCCAGUGAUAGCCCUUACGGGAGCUUUGGCGGCAAGACAUCUUUUACGUGGUACUGGCCUGGGGAGGAGGAUGAUGAUGACCUUCCUAAUGGGUUCCAAUGGAGGGAGGAGCCUCGACCGAACAAAUCAAGGGAAAAAGUUUGGAACGAGAGUGAUGUGGAUGAGGAAGAGGCCCCUCGUCGUGACGAUCUAAAAAGCCAUAGAAUAUCCCUUGGCUUGCCAGUUUUGGGUCCCUUAAAGCUUGAUCAUAUCAAGUCCGCUUUUCGCGCGUCGGCUCUCAAGUGGCACCCGGACAAGCACCAAGGGUCUUCACAGGCUGAAGCAGAGGAUAAGUUCAGGCGCUGCGUCGAAGCGUACAACGCCUUGUCUGGUGCUUUCAAACGGAGUAGCUAAGUAGCCGCCGGUCUGGUUCUUGACAAGCAUGCAGGAAUAAAGGGGAAUUUUCCUUUCCGGGAACUAGGCAGCGUCGAUGAAACUAGGGUUUCAAAACCAACGGAACAAGUAUUUGGUGCUCAGAUUCAUCAGGGGUUUGAAGAUGAGCCCCUAGCAGAAGAAUAGGAAAUGAGAUAAACGCACACAUAGUGGAGGGUUUGUUGCUUUGAACUAGGGAGCAUUCAUGUAAUAUAUACAAAAUUUGAACCAGAACUCAAAUCAUUUCAAAGCAUCAGCUAAUGCAUGAUGUUCCUAAUAAAGGCAAUGUUUUUCGUCCA